AUGCAAGAGAUUUGGCGGUCAGUGGAACUACCAGCACCGCUCGAGACAGAUGCGUUAGUGCAGCAAAAUCUGAGCACUCGCACAGAGUUGGAGGCAUGGGUGGAAGCGCAAAAGACUCGUAUUCUCGAAGAGAAACGUACCGAUCAGCUGCAGUCCCAGGAACACGCACGCGCUACGGACGAAGCGCAGCGGAAGCGUGAAAUGCUGCAGAUCGAGCAUCAGAAGCUUUUAACCGACACACAUACCAAGGAGAGAGAGCUGAAUGCCAGCCAAAUGGAAAUUGAGGUGUUGCAGGCUGAAAAGAGCAGGAGGGAGCCUGUGGUGAAGCAGUUAUUCGAGAAAACGGUGGAGGAGGACGCAAAGCUCAAGCAAUUACUGACUGAGUCACAAAAGCAGAGAACAACGCAGAAGCAGCAGCUGCAGGAACUCAAGCAGGGACUCAGCAUGUAUCAGAAACUGGGACUUUUCUUCGAACACUCAAAAGAUCGAAUUGUUGUUCGGUUUACUCAAAUUGAUGCAGAGAACCCCGAUCGUGAGUUUUUCUUCCAGAUCACGAUCGACCCGAUAACUGAUCGAUAUAUUGUUGAUAAUUGCAACGAAGAUGUGGCGUCGCUGAAUAAUCUGGUGACAACGCUGAACGAGACUGGCGACUUGGCACUGUUCAUCCGCUCCAUGCGCCGCAUGUUUAAGCAGCUUGUGUAA